CGGAUGUUGAUUCGGAAACGCUGCUGGAACAGUUUCCUCCAAACUAGCUGCCUGGCUAACCCGCUCCUAUGAGACAGUGUCAAACUUUGCCCCGGAGACCGGGACAGCUCGCUUUUCCUGCCUGAGUUAAAGCUCUGUGGCGGUUAUGACGUGACACGGCCGUUGGCGCCGGUGGAGCUCAACGGCUAACGGCUUUUAACGGUUUCUAACGGCUCCGCAUCGCUGAUGAAGCGUCCGAGCUGAGCGCGAUGCUAGCACGCGCCGCUAGCAUCCCACCGCAGGAAAUUAGCCCGUUAGCAUCCGCAGCAUUAUGACUUUUAAGCGUCUCUCUUUAUGCUGGUUUUAAAUAACACCUGCGACAUGGACACCGAGGCGAUAGUGAUCCGCAUCAAGACGCCGUUAGGCGACAUGGACUCCUCCGUGGACUGUCCGUCUCUGCUAAACUUCAACGACCUGCUGGUCGCCAUCAGAGAUGUGAUGCCCGAGGCCACUGUCACAGCCUUUGAGUAUGAAGAUGAGGUCGGAGACAGAAUCACUGUCAGAAGUGAUGAAGAACUCAAAGCCAUGCUGUCAUAUUACUGCAACACAAUGAACGAGCAGCGCAUGAAUGGACUCCUGCCCGACCCUCUGCAGAUUUUUCCAAGAGCCGGCAAGACUCCAGGGAUCCGGAACAUACAUGGCCUGAAGGUUAACACGAGGCCUAAUCCAGCCAACGACUGCUCCAACGCUGUCCAGGACUCCAUCACCAACAACAGAUUGAAAAAGUCAUCUGCUGAACUGAAGAUGAUCCUGACCAAUGGGCAGAUAAAUGCUCAAGAUAUCCACUGUCAGGAGCAGCUGGGCCACGGAAACGGGGGCACAGUUUACAAAGCGUAUCAUGUUCAUGGCAAGCGUGUUUUAGCUGUUAAGGUCAUUCCUCUUGAUAUCACAGUGGAAUUACAGAAGCAAAUCAUGUCUGAGUUAGAAAUUCUCUACAAGUGCGAUUCACCCUACAUCAUCACUUUCUUCAGUGCCUUUUUCGUGGAGAACCGAAUAUCCAUAUGCACAGAGUUUAUGGACGGAGGAUCGUUGGAUGUCUACAAAAGAAUCCCGGAGCACGUCCUGGGGAGGAUCGCAGUGGCUGUAGUCAAAGGCCUGACGUAUCUGUGGAGCCUGAAGAUACUUCACAGAGAUGUCAAGCCUUCCAAUAUGCUGGUGAACACCCGAGGACAAGUCAAGCUGUGCGACUUUGGUGUCAGCACACAGCUUGUAAAUUCUAUUGCCAAGACGUAUGUGGGAACCAAUGCAUACAUGGCGCCAGAAAGGAUAUCAGGAGAGCAGUAUGGAAUCCAUGCUGAUGUUUGGAGUGUAGGCAUCUCUUUCAUGGAGCUGGCGCUUGGGAUGUUCCCCUAUCCACAAAUUCAGAAGAUCCAAGGAUCCUUAAUGCCUCUCCAGUUACUGCAAUGCAUCGUUGAUGAGGACCCUCCGGUGCUCCCUGUCGGAGAGUUCAGCGAGAAGUUUGUUCACUUCAUCACUCAGUGUAUGCGGAGGAACCCCAAGGAGAGACCAGCACCUAAUAACCUCAUGGAUCAUUCCUUCAUCAUCCAGUACAACGACGGGAAUGCGGAGGUGGUGUCCAUGUGGGUGUGCCGCUGCCUGGAGGAGAGGCGGGCUCCACAUCCCCAGUGACCGAGGUCCAGACUUUGGACUCUUACCGGAGACUUCAGGGUCACCUACGUCCACCGGUGACUCCACGCACAUGGUCAGAAAUCACUAGUUGAAACAGACUUUAUGUAUAUGUGUAAUUAACAACGGUCGUGCGCUGAGGCGUGAAGGAACCCGCGUUUGUCUGGAAGUUUUUCACCAAACUCUGAGACGGAUCCGGUUCCUUCAAAGACUGUAACGCUCUUCUUCUGUGGUGGAUUCUCCGACAGCCUCCUCGUGCUUUACAGAUGACAGCUUUCCAGUGAAUGUCGAGGUUCUUUCCUGUGUGGCUGCCCUCUACUGUGCCUGUUUUUUUUGUUUUUUGUUUUUCGUCCCAUCGGUGUAAUUUAUUACCUCAGCCGUUUUUGUUUGUCACUGUAAGAUGCUCCAGAGUUUUCACCAUGAAGUCCAUGAAGGUUUGUUCUGACCCCGACUGUGCAUGAACCAGAGGAGUGAACGCAGUGGUCAGAAGGAUGC